UCUGGACUCACCCUUUAACUUUGCCUGAUCUCGCUCUGCUUUCACGAAAUCGCCCUUCUCUUCGCCUUCUCUCCUCAUCUUCCCUCUCGCUCCCUAAGCGCACAGCCCUCACCGCCCUUAACUCGCCGGUUGCAAUGUCGCCGCUGACCGUCAGACCCGAGCAAUGCCAACACGUCCUCGUCAUGCGCCACGGCGAGCGCGCCGACGACGGCGCCGACAAGUCUUGGUGGACCACGGUCCCCAACCCUUGGGACGCUCCGUUGACCGAUGCUGGCCGGGCCAGGGCGCUCGAAACUGGCAGGAAACUCCGGGACCAGCUGGGGUUCCCGAUCCACCGGGUCGUCGUGUCACCUUUCCGACGGUGCGUCGAGACCGCGCAGGGGCUGAUCAGCGGUCUCUUCCCGGUGGACGCCGGAAACCUGGACAAUGGGAAUUCCGCCGACUCAUCGGCAUCCCGAAUCAAGGUAUCUAUAGAGUUUGGAUUGGGUGAGUUGUUCAACAACAUAGCAAUCAGACAUCCUCCUCCUAAUCCUGCAGAUCAUGGGGCUUGGGGAUUCAACAUUCCUACGAUUGAAGCCUUGAUUCCAGCAGAAACGUUGGAUCAUACAGUGAAGCCAGUGUUCAACGAGCUGCCACAAUGGGGAGAGACUGAGCCAAAGGCAAGAGAUAGAUAUCGCCACACUAUUCGUUCUCUUGCCGAUAGAUACCCUUCAGAAAAUUUGCCACUCAUCACUCAUGGGGAAGCAGUGAAGGUCGCGGCCUCAACGUAUUGGAAGGAGGCGAGAGGGCAGAAGAUAAGACCGGGCUAUUGUGGGUGCGUGCAUCUCAAAAGGCAAGUUGUUCGGAACGGCGAUUCGUUCACCGCUAAAAGAUUCGAGAUCGCCACGAACCCCAAGGAAACCGGCAUCAAGCGCAAGCUGCCACAACAGGCGUGAACCGAUGUUAGGACCUGCAGCACGUGGUGGCGCAUCGGGAGGGUUUGAGUUUGCUUUCUUUCUAUUCUCUGCCGGUUUUGUCAUACGUAGGUUGUGUUGGAUCAUUUUGAUGUUAGGACAGUUUAUGUUGUUCAUCCUCUCCGAAUCAUGCUCAUGUAGAGACCGCUAAAUCUGGAGAUUAUAUCGGAAGCCAAUUGGUUCA